AUGGGGGCUUACAAGGGCAGGUGUUCUUCACCUAAGAUUGGGGUCACCUGUGGUCCAGCCCACACGGCAGAGGUGGUGGCCGGGGGUGGCCACCUGCACUGGGAAACCCGCUGUCAUCAGCCCCUGCCUGACGGAGCACGCGUGGCCACACUGCUGCCCCCACGCCUCCACGGGCCCUGGAUCUCCACCGGCUGCGAGGUGCGUCCUGGACCCGAGUUCCUCACCCGCUCCUACACCUUCUACCCCAACCGCUUCUUCCGGGCCUACCAGUUCUACUACCGGGACCCCUCCUGCCACGAGCCUGCACACUCACUGCUCAUCAAGGGCAGGGUGCGGCUGCGCCGGGCCUCCUGGGUCACCCAGGGCGCCACCGAGGCCGACUACCACCUGCACAAGGUGGGCAUCGUUUUCCACAGCCGCAGCGCGCUGCUCGCGGUGGCGGGGCGCCUGUGCCGGAGCCUGGCCUGCAGGGCCUGCGCCCGGCGGCUGCCCGUGGCCGGAGCCUGGCUGCCCGGGGCCCUGUACGAGCUGCUGGGCGCCCGGGCCGAGCGAGACUGCGCCAUGGCUCUGGGCUUCACCAUGCACGAGCUCAGCCUGGUGCGCGUGCAGCGCCACGUCCAGCCGCAGCCCCGCGCGCCGCCGCGCCUGGUGGAGGAGCUGUACCUGGGGGACAUCCACACCGACCCCGCCGAGAGGCGCCUCUACCGGCCCACUGGCUUCCAACGCCCGCUGCAGAGUGCCCUGCACCACGCUCACCCGUGCCCAGCCUGUGACCUCCUGCUGCGCGCUGACGAACAUCACCCGCCCAUCCUGCCCCCACAGGUGGCCCCGGCCCUGCACGUCCACGGCCGCUGGAUCAGCACACGCUGUGAGGCACGGCCCGCUGUGCUCUUCCUCACCAGAGCCUUCACCUUCCAUGGGCACAACCGCUCCUGGGAGGGCCACUACCGCCACUUCUCAGACCCGGCCUGCCGGCACCCCACCUUCACCAUCUAUGCCGCUGGCCACUACACCAAGGGCAUGCCAUCCACCAAGGUCCACGGGGGCACCGAGCUAGUGUUUGAGGUCACUCGAGCCCAUGUGACCCCCAUGAACCAGGCCACCACGGUCAUGCUCAAUUCCUCAAAGCCUGGCAGCUGUGGACAGCCAGGAACUUGGUCCCUGGGCACCGAGCAGGACAUCACGGCCACCAGGGGGUGCCUGCCAUUGGGCAUCUGGCUGCCCCAUGUGGAGUAUGAGCUUUUCAAGGUGGAGCAGGACCCCCAUGGCCAAAGCCUGCUCUUCAUUGGACAACGGCCUACCGAUGGGUCCAGUCCUGACACCCCUGAGAAGCGCCCCACGUCCUUCCAGCCCCCUCUGGUCUUGUGUGAUGAGAUGGCCUGGGACUUCCCCAGACCACUGCAACACCAGCCUCUGCUGGUAAACCACCUCAGUGGAGGGGGUCUGUGUCCUCAUGUCACCCCUUUCCCACUUCUACUCCUUGUUCUAGCAUUCACCUUCCUUAGGUUGCUCUGA